AUGCAGAUUUUUGACGCAGUGGAACAUAUGGCGAUCUACUUCGUCAAGGACAGGCUGCUGAAGGUCCUGCUGAAGUUGGCCGUGGAAGAAGCUGCCAAGAUGUGCCAGGAUUAUUCGAAUCAGCAGAAUACACAGCUGGAAGCAGAGGAUGUGGGCAAGAAUCGCUUCUCCCACGAAGUGCGCUUGCUGGCCAAGGUGCUCAAGAAGUUGGAUCUCUUGACAUUGAUUGCCAAUGCAAAGAGACCUGUAGAUGAGUUCGAGCAGCUCGGUGACGGGCCAUGUGCUUUCUUGCCGGACUAUGCAACGUACGCAGCCGCUAGACAUCAGCGCACGCUUGCUCGCUCAGACUCUGAAGCAGAACGCGAAGAGAAUGAGCUCCCUGUGCUGAUGGAGAGUAUUGGACAAGAGCUUGGUCCAGCAGAGAUCUCGCGCAACGACUUCUUUUCCUGGGACUUCAAUAUCGCAGAGUUGAAUACCGGGCAACGAGCUUCGCUUGCACGGUGUUUGGUGACGAUGUUUGACACAUCUCCGGGGUUCAAUGAAAGACGAGCUGUCAGUUUGACCAAGUACACCUGCCACUGUGAGUUCGUGAAGGAGUUGGAGCAUCAAUUUCGAGAUGAGGAGGAAGUUCCUUUUCAUAAUUGGAUCCACGCCGUCGAUGUGGCUUUCUCGCUGCACAUCGUCUUUCACGUCGCCUCUGCGGCCAACUUCCUGGCACUCCAUGAACGUCAUGCCCUCAUGCUGGCAGCUCUGGCACAUGAUGUUGGUCAUUUCGGUAUGAACAACAGCUUUCUUCGUGACUCCAGUCACGAGCUGGCUCUGCUCUACAACGACCAGUCCUGCCUGCAGAACAUGUCCUGUGCCAAGCUUUUCCGCCUCGCGAGUUCUCCUGAAACAGCGAUCUUCAGUAACUUCAACGAGCCGACUCGUCGAGAUGUUCGUCAGGUCAUCGUCAGUGCGAUUCUGCACUGCGAUCCGGCGUGCCACGAGUCUCUCAUGGCGCACAUGUUGCGGCACUAUGAGAUUCGCCAGGACCUCUUCGAAUACAUCCAUCAGUUGUUGAGGGAAGACGACGAAGAGAAGCAGGAAGUCUUGGCCAAAGCCAAGGCAGAGGUGGAGGAGUACUUUUGGAAUGCGGAUGUGAAGUACACUCUUCGGAACUUUCUUCUGCACUUCACGGACAAUUCCUAUUCCCUGAAAACCUGGGAGAUUUGUUCGAGCUGGGCAGCGCGCCUCUCCGAGGAGUUUUUCAAGCAGGCUGACAGGGAGCGGAUCUGCAAGAUGCCGAUAGGACCGUUGAAUGACCGGGCGCGUGUCAACGUGCCAUUCGUCCAGGUCACCUUCAUCAAGCAUCUGGUUGCACCGCAGGCAAUUCUGAUAGUUAAGAUGCUCCCGAGCAUGCGUGACUGCACGCGCUCUAUGUGGCACAACCUCCAGAGGUGGGCCUCCAAGUGGGAGCGGAGCGGCCCAGACCAUGAUGAGAUGCAGAGAGUCCGCAAAGAGAUCACGCAGCUACAUUCGGAGGCCAAUGAGGAGGAGGAAACAGUGGAUGCUGUGAAGACGGCGCGUGACGCGUGCAUCUGGAGCAUUGGUGCUUGCUGCGUUGCCGCGAAGGGGCCCUCCAGAUGGAAGCUUCUCAUCGUCGUCAUUGACUGUAGCUAUGGACCGUCGAUCCGUGCGCUGAAGGCAAAGCUGGCUGCCGCCCUCGGCAUCGAGGCAUUGUCAAAGCAAUCUGGCACUGGCGGCGCAGAGGCAGCAUCUGCACAAGCAAUCGUCUCGGGCGUCGAAGGGCCUCAACGCCAUCUAAUCGAACAGGAUGAUGACCUGUGUGGCUUUUGGGACAGAGUAGCGACCAAUCCUGGUGUGUCCGAGGCGGAUGCAGAGGAGGUACGUAGAAUAAGCAAGUCACUGACGGUUCCCACAUCGUCUUUGCCCGGAACUAUGCAGCACACCUGGGGCUCGUCCCACGUGCAGCCCACCCGCAGCAAUUCCCGAUCAUCCCAGCAGCCAUUGGUGAGUUUGCCUGGGAUGGUUUUGGCGAAGCAAGCUGCUGGGACGUUGAUGCAAAGCUCAACACCACAGCGUCAUGGAGAUCACCGAUCCAGUUGUCUGCCAACCAUUGACACGUCGGCAUUGGAUGCGCAGAUCAAGCAGCUGGAGGAGCGGUGCGAGGAUGCGGAGGUGAAGCUUGCGACCAGCCAGCAGCAAUUAGAGUCCACUUCUGCCGAACUUGAAGUCCUGCAGAUGGAACUCAAAGUUGCAAGGGACUCAAAUCAAGCAAGCGAGGAGAAGAUCUCGCAGCUGGAAGAUCUUUCCGCCCAGUUGCAGGAGCAGAAUCUGGGCUUCAUCAAGACUUUUGAAGAGCAGCUGGAGCAUGCAAGAAAAGACAUCAGACAAGAGGUAACAGAUCAAUACCAGGGAGCCUUGGACAAUCAGGCGAAAAAGCUGCACGAGGCUGAAAGCCAUGUCAGAAGACUGGAAGGUCAGCUUCGGGUGACUCUGGACAAGAUCAAAGACCUGGAAGCUGGAGUCCGUCAAGAGCGCAGCAACGCUCGCAGGAGCGAGGCAGCACUGGCUGGUGAGCAUGCAAAGAUCGAGGAGAUGUCGUCGAAGCUGCAUUGGCAGGCGGCGCGGCUCAGACAAUUGGAGUUCUACGCCAACACGUGGCAACGGAAAGUCCACGAGCUGGCUGAGUCCAAUGCUAUUCGAGUUCUCACUGAGCCUGCAAACAUGCACUCGUUUCGCGUUUCGAAUUUCUCCGAGAAGAUGAGGUGGCCGAAAGGACGCAUGGUGCAGAGCCCUGAAUUCAACAUACCAGAGUUGGGAGAAACACAGCUGGAGUUCUUCCCGGCUGGGGAGAUAAACUCUCGACCCGGCUGGUGCUCGGUAAGGCUUCGUGUACCCGAUGGAUCUCGCAUGCGUUGGCGGGUAACUGUGGGCAACAAGGAAUUCGAUCCGCGGGAAGACCACUAUGAUGCACGCCAGUGGUGGAACAGAUAUGGCAUCCAGUGCCUGAACUUUUGCCAGGCCGACGAUCUUUUGGCAGAGGUCCUGCCCGAAUCGGACUCGGUAGUGCUAGGUGUGCAGGUUCUGGAGAUAUUUUCGACCGCUGUUGUUCCUGCAGCCCCUGUCAUCCCUGUGGAAGUCGAUCGUGAGGAGGCGAAGCCUACAAGGCCCGGCACGGCCCCACAGCGUCAUGCUGAGAGUCCUCGAAGACCCUCGAAUGCCAGCCAGGUGCCACCUCCUACCAUCAGCAGCGUCAAGGAGGCACCUGUUGCCCGAUCGCAGCCUCAACUUCCAAAGCCCGCAUAUGCUUUUGCCGCCGGUACUGCUUCCGCUGCUGCUGCAGCUGCAGCUUUCGUGGUGAAGAGUGGCAACUUGCCGCCUGCUGUGGCUGCCAGCCGAGGGCUUCACAGGCAGCGUAGCUUCGGUGCCCUCCGAGCAAACAAAGUGCUGUGA